UAAGGAAGCUAGCGAGUGGUCGGAGUGAAUUCGUGUCGACUGUCCAGAGUCCGCGAAUUCAAGUCCGUCAAAGAUAUAACCAAGAGAGGAAAACUUGUGGAUCAUACGCGACACUUAACACAAACAUCCAGCAGAUAUACAGAACAUACACCGAAAAUGUCACUCCAUCAGUUUCUGCUGGAACCCAUCACGUGCCAUGCAUGGAACAGGGACAGGACUCAAAUUGCCAUUAGUCCCAACAAUCAUGAAGUUCAUAUAUACAAGAAAAGUGGGAGCCAGUGGGUGAAAGCUCAUGAACUAAAAGAGCAUAAUGGACACAUUACAGGCAUUGACUGGGCCCCGAAGAGUGACCGGAUUGUAACCUGUGGUGCUGACCGUAACGCCUACGUGUGGAGCCAGAAAGACGGCGUUUGGAAACCUACCCUCGUCAUUCUCAGGAUCAACCGUGCUGCCACGUUCGUGAAGUGGUCUCCCUUGGAGAACAAAUUUGCCGUGGGCAGUGGUGCACGCCUCAUAUCGGUUUGCUACUUCGAGUCUGAAAAUGACUGGUGGGUGAGCAAACACAUCAAGAAGCCUAUCCGCUCCACUGUUCUUAGUUUAGACUGGCAUCCAAACAAUGUGCUCCUGGCAGCUGGGUCUUGUGACUUCAAAUGCAGGGUGUUCUCUGCCUACAUCAAGGAGGUGGAUGAGAAGCCAGCCCCAACCCCGUGGGGCUCCAAGAUGCCGUUUGGACAAGUGAUGGCGGAGUUUGGUGGGGCUGGCAGUGGUGGCUGGGUGCACAGUGUGUGUUUUUCUGCCAGUGGGAACAGACUGGUCUGGGUUAGCCAUGACAGUACAGUGACUGUAGUGGACUCCACAAAAGGCUUAACGCCAACCUCACUGAAGACAGAGUUCCUUGCUCUCCUCAGUGUGACAUUUGUCUCUGAGAACAACAUUGUGGCAGCAGGUCAUGACUGUUGCCCGAUGCUGUUCAGUUUUGAUGAUGGGGGAACCCUGACCUUCAUAUCCAAGUUGGACAUUCCAAAGCAGAGCAUCCAGCGCAAUAUCUCAGCCAUGGAGCGUUUCCGCAACAUGGACAAGAGAGCCACCACGGAGGACCGCAAUAGCACUCUGGAGACCCUGCACCAGAACAGCAUCACCCAAGUGUCUAUAUAUGAAGGUGACAAAAGAGAUUGUCGUAAAUUCUGCACUACAGGAAUCGACGGAGCAAUGACCAUAUGGGACUUCAAGACUCUAGAGUCUUCUAUCCAAGGCUUGCGGAUCAUGUGAAAGAACUCACUCUAGCAUGACACAGCACAAGCAAUGCAGCUUGAAGACUAACAUGGAGAUUUCUGAUAACACGUCUGAACGUUUUUAACUGACAAAAAAAAAAGAAAAAAAAACAAAAAAAAAAACAACAACAACAAAAAAAGCACUGAGCAAUGGUGUGAACUGACAUGUGACACUCUCUUAAAAAUGGAAAGAAAAAAAAAACACUAAUGGAAAAAGGGUUUAGGAUCUUUGGGUUUCUGUUUGUUUUUUUUUUGUUUGUUUGUUUGUUUUUCCCUUUUUUUUUUUUUUUUUAAUUCUAUGCCAAAGCUGGUACCCCAGCGGUGUGACGUCUGAUCGUGAUGCUCUGGUUCUCCAGGGGAACUAGGGAGGAGUUAAAUUAAAAGGAGAAUUUUAUGUAAAUGGUCUGCUAGAAAUAAAUGAAGUAUACUACACAACA